AUGGACAAAGAUGUGAAGAAAUGGCCAGUCUACAAGGGUCUAGAGGCGGCAUUGAAAGACAUUGGCGCUUCCAUGUCUGCAGUUAGUGAUUUGCAGAAUCCUGCAGUCAAAGAUCGCCAUUGGGUGGAGCUCAUGCAUGACACCGGUGCUGUAAUUGACAUCAGUGACGAUACCACACUGGAUGCUCUUCUAUCUUUGAAUUUGCACAAGUAUGAAGAUGAGGUGCAUGGCAUUGUCUCAAAGGCCAUGAAUGAGCAGAAAAUUGAGGGCGAUUUGGAGAAGAUUGACUCCAUUUGGAGGGACAUGUACUUUGAGUAUGAGGCACAUGAGCGAACCGGUCUGCUGUUGCCCAAACAAACGGAAACUUUGACCACAUUCCUUGAGGAGACUCAAGUCAAGGUGCUUGAUAUGAUGGCAAAUCGAGACAAUGCCUAUUCGAUUGUCAAGAUAACCUAUUGGAAUAAAACUCUCUUCACUGCAGACAAAGUUCUCUCCUUGUGGUUUGAGACUCAAAGAGUGUGGUCAGGUCUGGAGGCCAUAUUUGUCCUCUGUGAUGACAUUCGUGAGCAGUUGCCAAAGGAUACAGACCUCUUUUUUGAGCAUGACAAGGAAUUUCGACUGUUAGCCGAAGAGAUGGCCAAAAAACCGAAAGUUAUUGAGGCCACUACUAGUCAACCCGAGCUCUUUGACAACAUUCAAGCUGUGCGCGAUGGCUUGGCAAUUUGCGAGAAGACAUUAGCUGUCUACCUGGAGACCAAACGAUUAGCUUUCCCACGAUUCUACUUUGUUUCACAGGCUGAUUUGAUGGAUAUUGUGAGCAAAGGAAAAAUGCCCGUGAAGGUGUUCAAACACCUAUCAAAACUGUUUGACAGCAUUUGCAACCUUGAAACUAACCAAUCAAAUACCGAGUUGACUGCUUUGAAGAUGGAAGCCAAGGAUGGUGAGGUUGUCAAAUUCGUCUCAACAUUCACCCUGGAGGGUCAAGUGGAGGAGUGGUUGAACCGCCUACUAGAUGAGAUGGUUCACACAAUGCGUGUAACUCUAUCGGAAGCCGUGGCGGCUUACGAAGAGAAGCCUCGUGAUCAGUGGAUUUUUGACUAUCCUGCUCAAGUGGCUCUUACUGGCUCACAAAUCGGGUGGACCGCCGAGGUUGGUAUUGCAUUUGCACGCCUGGAAGAGGGUCUUGAAAAUGCCAUGAAGGAGUACAAUAAGAAGCAGGUCGCCUCUCUCAGCACCCUAAUUGAGAUGCUGCUGACUGAUUUGACACCUGGAGAUCGCCAAAAGAUCAUGACCCUCUGCACCAUUGAUGUGCACAAUCGUGAUGCCGUCUCCAAACUCAUCACCAUGAAAGUGGAUAGCUCGAGAGCCUUCCCCUGGCUCUCCCAACUUCGUGUUCGAUGGGAUGAAAAGGCAAAUGAGUGCUUUGUCAACAUUUGUGAUGCUGAAUUUGCAUAUGAACACGAAUACUUGGGCUGUACACCCCGUUUGGUUGUUACACCUUUAACGGAUAGGUGCUACAUUACUCUGACCCAAUCUCUUCACCUCGGGAUGAGUGGUGCACCCGCUGGACCCGCUGGAACAGGCAAAACAGAGACAACAAAGGACUUAGGACGUGCUCUUGGCACUAUGGUCUAUGUCUUCAAUUGCUCUGAACAGAUGGACUACAAGUCGGUGGGCAACAUCUACAAAGGUUUAGCUCAGAGUGGUGCCUGGGGCUGUUUUGAUGAGUUCAAUCGCAUUGCUGUGGAGGUUCUCUCCGUCAUUGCUGUGCAGGUUAAAUGCAUUCAGGAUGCAGUGAAAACAAAAAAGUCGACAUUUGACUUUCUGGGUGAAACGAUACCACUGAAGCUCUCCGUGGGCCUCUUUAUCACCAUGAAUCCCGGGUAC